GAAACGCUGUCGCAAGCACUUCUAGUUCGCGAUGAAGUUAUCGUGGUUUAUAAGUAGGAUUGUCAUGUCUCUGCUCAUCAUGUCGCAUCAUAUCGUUACCGUAUGCGUGGUGUGUGUACUGUGCGCCGCACAUGUACCCUGUUCGGCGCAUACGAAUUUGUCAGUGAUGGCAUCGAAUAAUUCAACAAGUACCAAAAAUCAUUCGGAUCCACAAGGGCGAUCAUAUAUAUACUUGAAGGAUCAACAAAGAUACGAUCCAAGUAACUUCACUAGCAAUAAGCACGACGCUGCAAGAUCUUAUACUACGCAACGCAUUGACAGUAAUAACAAUAAUAAUGUUUCGGUAAUCACUGACGCGAUAUCGACUACAUCAUACGAUACUCAUCUUAAGAAGCAGAUGACGGAAAGCUUCAAAGGCGGCGGCAGCCUGCAAGACACACGACCGUCAAUUAACAAUGCAAAUGUGUCUAUAAAUUCGAGAGAUACCGAACUUUUAGAGCGUCUUGCUCAAACAGAGUUGGUGGCAGGUGUGAAACAAAGGUCUGCACGAUCUAGCGAAGAUUUACGUACCGUUAAUAAAUCUAGAUUAAAAAGAGAUGUGAAUGAGAGGUACUUCAUGCAGAAGAUCUUUGAGGCCUACGGGGAUGGAACGAGUAUAACUAUGGAAGGUUUUGAAAAACUUGUCCGGAAAUUGGGUCUACUAAGAUUAUUUGAUACGUUAGAGGUGGAUAAUGAUACCACUGAUAGAAGUAUGUAUAAAAUAAAUUAUGUAAUAAACACAUUUCACGACGCAGAUAAUAACAAUAACAAGGAAAGGUGCUUAAACAGUCAAGAGUUGUUAAAUACCGUUGCCCAAGAUAUGCACUACGUUUCCAGUAAUAAUACGACGACAUUGCCUAGCUGGCUUUUCGAACGCGUGUGUCCGGUUCUUGUGUAUCAAUUAGCGGCCGAAUCCAGUUCGGAAAGAAACGGUUGUAUACGAGUACCCGAGAAUUACAAGCCUGUCAUGCCAGUCGAUAAAUUUUAUACAGCGGAGGAUUCGGCGCGUAAUACUGUAAAAGUCUGGGUAUAUUCAACAGUUAGUAUUUUCGUAAUUAGUCUUAGCGGACUGCUCGGCGUAGCAGUAAUUCCGGUCAUGGGAAAGAAUUAUUACCAUCACGUGCUACAGUUUCUAGUUGCCCUGGCCGUAGGUACUUUAACCGGUGAUGCCUUUAUCCAUCUAUUACCACACGCGAUGAUGCCACCUCAUCACCAUGAAAAUGAUAAACAUCACGAACACGAACCUCACCACGACGAAAAUAGCGCGUUAUUAAUUGAUCAUGUGAAUCUGCAUAGUAUGAAUAUGUGGAAAGGAUUAGUCGCUAUGAUGGGUUUCAUGACGUUCUUCUUCACUGAGAAGGCGUUAAAUAUGAUAUCCGAAUGGCGGAAGCAUUGGCAGCAUAAGAAAAAGUUACCUACGCGCGUGAGAGUAAUGAGGGAGAGCGAUGGGCCAAACAGCAAUGUUGUUGGUGAAAAGCUAUGUAAACACAAAUACUCUUCGUACCCGUAUUGUUACGGCGAGAUUGCUAGUGAAACUCAAGAUAACCAUCACAAUCGUCGAACGAAUCAUCAUGAGAGACCACCUAUCAUUGAGGAGGAGAAACCAUUGACAUCCAAUUGUAACUCCGUCACUAAAAUCGUGACCGAUGAUAUAGAGAAAAAACCAAAGGACGAUUGGAGAAUGGACGAUCCGAUCGUAAAUGCUAAGAAAAAUGCCGAUGGUGCUGACGUAUCGUUAAAUGAAUCGGAGAGCUAUACCGUAAUUCUACGUGAACACGAGACCAAACAUCACGGCCAUAGUCAUUCCCAUGGCCAUGUACACUCGGCCCCCGAAUCAAUGUCGAACGUGGCUUGGAUGGUUGUGAUGGGGGAUGGCCUGCACAAUUUUACGGAUGGUAUGGCUAUCGGAGCGGCUUUUUCAGCAAACAUCGCAGGUGGAUUCUCCACGGCUAUUGCUGUUCUCUGUCAUGAAUUACCUCAUGAACUCGGUGACUUUGCAGUGCUUCUGAAAGCGGGCAUGAGUACCAAACAGGCUGUUUUUUACAAUUUAUUAUCUUCAGUGCUCUGUCUGUUAGGUAUGAUAGGCGGAAUAUUGUUAGGAAGUACUCCCGACGCUACCAGCUGGAUAUUUGCGGUUGCCGCUGGAAUAUUUAUAUAUAUAGCAUUAGUAGAUAUGGUACCAGAAUUAUCGUCGAGUCAUUCCGCGGAAAGUGGUUCGCGAUUACAAUGCAUUUGGCAAACUUUAGGCUUAUCGACAGGCCUUGGAAUUAUGUUACUUAUCGCCGCCUACGAGCACGAUCUUAAACAUAUUUUCGACAACUAGAUUAAUAAGUAAUUGCUCUCGUAUUAAUGUUAUAAAUGAAAUCUCUUCCUGUUACGUUUAAACUGUCGUAUCUCUUUGUGAUUUAAUCUCAUUAGCAAUCCUUUAGCAUUUAACGUUACAAUGAAAGUAAGUUGCUCUCUCUUUCUUUCUCCCUUCCUCUUUAAAAUUAUUUCUUGUAUCUCGAAAGAAAGAACGUAAUGGGAAGGCUACACAAAUUAGGUUGCAGUUUAGAUAAAGCGACAAUAUCCGAAUUCGGAUUGCCGAUAAAAGUACUUU